GCCCAAAAAGACUCUGGCGUUGCACUGCAUCAAGGUGCAUCAUAAUAAAAUGCUGGCGUGCCGUAUGCAAAUUCGUUCCCGGGCUGGCGCGGUCCAGCGUGCCUGGCCGUGCCGUCUGGGGGUGCAGCGGGCGGUGCGCUGCAGUGCGGCCCAGCAGGUUGAUGCGGCGAAGCUGGCCGCGGUGCGCGAGUGCGUAGACCGGUUCGUCACGAGCAACAGCGUGGUGGCCCUGGGCUCGGGCGAGAUGGUGAAUUUGGCCAUUGAGGAACUGGGCCGCCGCCUGGCCAUUGGCAGCUUGCAGAACGUGGUGGGGGUACCGGCCUGCGACGUGGCCGCGCACGAGGCCGCGUUCCACGGAGUGCCGCUGCUGCCGGAGGCGCGCGAGGCCGAGGCCACCGUGGCCCUGGCUGAGGCUGACAUGGUGGAUGUGGCGGCGCGGGCGGCGCUGCUGGGCUGUGCCGCGGACGCGCCGCAGCAGCCGGACGUGCCGCGCCUGCUGCGCGUGCUGAAGAAGGCGGGCAGCGGCGCGCGGCUGGUGCUGCUGACGUCCGCCGACCGGGUGGUGAAGCGGCUGGGCGGCUCGCUGCCCGUGUGGAUCGGCGCGGAGGGGUGGGAGGAGUGGGCAGAAGAGCUGGAUGACGUGUUCCUGGGCGACGCGGAGCUGUGGCGGAGAUCUGCCAGCGGGCAACCGGAGAACCCCCGCGGCGGUGACAUGCCGUACGUCAGCCCCGACGGCAACACGAUCGUGGAUGUGCGGUUCUACGAGGGUCUCAAGCUGUUUGGCGAGGACGACGAGUAUGGCAAGAUCGCAGACGAGAUCAGCGCCAUUAGCGGGGUGGUGGGGCAUGGCUUGGUGGUGGGCCGGGCGGCGGCGGUGGUGAUGGCGCGGCCGGGGCAGCAGCAGCCCGACGUGGUGGAGUUCUAAGUGGCCUGGGCUGCUCGUUAGUUUUGUGGUAAUGGGAGUGAUACGUACUGGGAGAUGGAAUUAUGGAGCUUACUUGCAGGAGGGCAGGCGUGAAGGAGCUGUUGUGAAACUGAAGAUGCUUGGUGGCUGCAUUUACGCCGAGGUAGUUUUCCCUCGCAAGGGAAACGUGGGCUGAGCCCGCGCCAAGUCUGCAGUCUGAGGCCGUACUGUAGCCCCGGAAUCUACCGGACUGCCAAACCAUGCAUGCGAUUCAUGGGCGAAGUGCUCUGGCGAAAGCUUGUCUGGGCGAGGGGCGGAGGCACCGUGCGUGAGGAGGCUCUUGUAUUUCAAGUGUCUUCCCAAUGCCUCGAUGGCGCAGCUGUUAGCCCGAAGGGGUGUGCUGUUGCUGUUGAAAAUGCCCACUAGAGCAUCCCCCCGGGCAUGAUGGGACGCCGGAAGUGCGACAACGGCAGCGGCGCCAGGUGGCGCCUGUCCUGACGGCCGCACCGGCAGCAUUGGCCAGGGGUGCCCCUGACUGCGUCCCACGAGCCAUACAUAUCCAUUUCGCGAUGAAUUCCGUAAGGCUUCGCAUGGUCUGGCUGUCAGCGAGAGUGCGAGACAGCUAAACAGCGAAUUCAAGGGCAUAAUGUAAUCGAAAGGGUUC